UUUUCGUCAUCAGUCUGCUUUUGACAAGGCAAUUUGUUAGUUGACUCUGUGUGUUGUGUAUGUGAAGAUUUUAAGAGGAAAAAUAAGUGAAUUUAUACAAAUAUUUGCAAAAAGAAUUUAACAAACUGAUCUACCAAAAUGAGGAGAAAAAAUUCUGAGAGUCCCGCACCAUGGGAAACGGGCACCUUAACAGACCCCAUUGAGGUGUAUGACAUGAUUAUCGUAGAAGAUGAAGAAACAUCCCAACCCAGCAGCAAUAAGCCAAAUACGAAAUUUCAUAAAAAAUUAAUACGUUGGGUGCGCAGGCAUCCAGUGCUCUACGAUCCAGCACAUACAAAUUUCACCAACGCAGAAUGUCGGAAGGAAACUUGGAAUAAAAUAGCAAAGCGAUUGGAUUGCGAUGUGGAUGAGUGCAGAAAUGCUUGGGUGAAUUUACGUUAUUCAUAUCAAAAGUAUGUGCGUCGAUUGCGUAAAUUUUUUGCCAAUAAAGUGCAUAAGAAACACAAACGACGACCCGUUAUGGCAUAUGAGACGGAUAUGAUUUUCCUAUGGCGUUUCAUACGUGACAAAAUACACUGUCCCCUGCCAUAUGAGAGUGAGAAAAGCGUAGAAGAAAUAUUACCUGUACAACAUGUGAUUGAUGAUGAUGAUGAUAUCGUUUUGUUGGAGGAUGAUGUCGAAGUUAUUGAUUUGGAGGACGAAACCGCUAAUGUAGCAAAAGUUUUCGCGAAGCGUGUGAAAUUUCAAUUCCAAAUAACGCCGGAAAUACGUCGUUUAAUAGCCAACAUCGAACCCUAUCAGGAAUUGUAUGAUGCCAAGCAUAGAUAUUAUGAAGAUUAUCGUCGUAAGGGUAUCAUUUGGAAUGCCAUUGCGAACGAGGUGGGCGAUAAAGCUACAAAAUUAAUGAAGUGUUGGAUACAAUUACAAACACGCUACGAGUGGGAGCUAAUGCAGCGUAAGCUACAAAGACAGUUGUGUGCAACAAAGCCAGAAACUGAGUUGGAGAGUUUGUUGGCCUUCUUCAAGCCAUAUAUACUAGAAAUGCCAAAGACUGUUUAUAAAACUUCAUAUUACCUCAAGGAGGAAUGGCACGAGCCAAUUGAUCAUUUUAAAAAUAUCUACAGCUUACUAGUAGCCAUGAAGAAAUAUCCAAGCGUAAUUACGCUUACUGACGCGAUGACAACCAAGAGUGAUGAAAUUGAUACAGAAAAAUAUAAGCAAACCUGGACUGAUGUAGCAUCAGUAAAAGGCAGUAAAGUUACACCUGGCCAAUGUGAGAGUUCUUGGCUUAUUUUACGCACGUUCUAUUGGGAAUUAAUCAAUAUGCGUAAACAUAGUUACCAACUACAGGACAAAUGGUAUUUUGAAAUGAUUAUAUCCGAACUCUAUUCGUUGGCGAACGCGCAAAAGUUGUCGCGUGUGAAAUCGAAGCAAAGCCGUCCCUUAGUUGUGAAUACGAAUGCUUCGGUUGCUGAGACAACAAAAGCGGCUGAGGCCCGUGAGCCAACGCCAACGCCACCGCCACCCACACCGCUGAAUCAGCAAACAACAACGAACACGAACACGAGUACAACAAACACUGCGCCACAGUUAGUAACACAACCCGUACAGGUACCCCUACCCAUACUUAAUAUGGUUCAAUUGCCAAAAGCAACACUCUCGCCAAAUUCCAUUGUGCCCAUAUCCGUUAAUCUCGAUGAGGAUAAAAUAACUUCAUCAAGAAUUGAAACCAAAGGCAAGCAAAUUAAAAAUAUAACCGUAAUAACUGCAGUGUCGCAACAGCAAGUCAACAGCAUGACGACGACUACUGCAAACACAGUUACCUCACAAGCUUCCUCCGGUGUAGUUGUAUCACUAGCAAAAGCGCCAAUAAAAUCGUAUACAGCUGCUGUCAAACAGCAGGAGGCGCAAAUGAAUAAUUAUCCCCAAUCCAGAUCGCCACAGAUACGCGUAAAAUCACAGGCUCAACUCCAAGCUGAUCCGAAUGCGCCACUGAAUAGUUUUGUGCAAACGCGUCCACAGCUGCAAAUUCAAACGCUACCCACGCAGGCGCUGCAACAGCAACAACAACAACAACAACAGCAGCAAACACCACAAAGUCAACCAAUACAAAUACGCUUACAAACGCAAACGGCUAAGCCUACCCAAAUGCCGAAUCCCUUACAAACAAUCUCGCUGCCGCGCAUGCCACAAGCACAUCAAACACACAUUCAAAUGUUGCCCUUAAUGCCGAUACAAGCGCAAACUAAGACAAUAGCUAAAAUGCAAGCAAAUGCGCAAACGCCACCACAAAUGUCACAAAUCCCGCAAAUUAUACCCGCUAAUGUAGGACAACUGCUGCCGCCAGCAACAUUGGAUCCACCACAAGCGCCGAUCCCUGUUGUGACACUUCCGUUCGAUACGCUAAAAACACCGAAAAUCGUAUCGGCUGUGAGUUUGGCACCACGCAAUGCCUUCUCGGCGCCUUUCGUCAAUAAGGGUCUACAGAUAACAGCACUCUCUACGGGCGGAGCGGGCACGGCAACACCGUCGCCUCCAGUGCUGCAAAGUGUGCCAACAACAAUUUCGCCACAAACAAGCUUAGUGAUGACGCCUAUCACCGAACCAAAAUCUUUGCCGCCACUCAACACUGGUUUCAUAAAUUUACCCUUUCAAUUGCCGGACAACACAAAUAUUGUCAAAUGUCCGCCUCUGAGUUCGAUAAAUACGAAUACAACGACAAAUGCGCUGGUGUCCUUUCCAAGCAUGACAAACAAUAGACCAAACAUUGUUGCGGCACCCAAGACUAAUUUGGCUACGAACAACGGAAACGCCAAGCCCUUACCUGAUGCCAAUUCGGAAUCGGCAGUUGAGAGCAAAGCAUCCUCUUCAACACUGGCGCGUCCUCAUCUUACACCCACAUCGCAGUUGAAUGCCAAUGAAAUUAUGAUCGAAUUGAUUAGUUCGGUGAAUGGCAAUCAAUUGGUGGUGCACGGGCCGCCGUUGGAGCAAAAGUAUUCGUUGCCAAUGAGUACGACGGCACUGUUGAUCAGAGAGGUGCUAUCCAUACCGUAUUUACACAAAAAGGACUACAAUAAGCCGGCGCAGAUCAAUAUGUGUUGGAUGUACUUGGCGAAACGUUUCAAUUUGCCAGUGCAUAUUUGCAAAGCAUGCUGGAAUUUCCUCUCAGAGAAUUUUGCACAUUUCCCCCAAAUAGCGCCCAUGGAAGAACUGACGAAACCGGUGAAAUUGGGCAUUAAAGUUUGGCGUGAAAAUUACUCUUUCUUUAAAUCUAUGACAGCAAAAGCAGCGCAAAUGCGUUUGACAAAAUUUAAGGGUAUCGUUGAGAAAUUUUUCGACAACAUUCGACAUCAGACGCAGGUAAUACCGCGCGUAAGUGGAAAGAAACUGACAUUCGUCGCCGACUGGCAAUCGGCCAUACAUACCGAUUCAAACGUAACGAAUAGAAUGUGGUUCGACACAUGGGGCCUAUUCAGAAAUGCAUUCAUUAAAUAUAUGAAAGAUUUGGAGAUUGGCAUCGAUAACAAAUGGCCGCUGGAAUGGUGGCGCGUUUUGGCCAAAUUGGAUUUUCUUAUAGAAGAACAAUAUACGAAUAUGGAACCCUUCUACUAUAUUGUGCGCAAUAAGAUGAUAGCCGAAUGUGAACGUUGUACGAGGGAGGAGCAAAAGUAUUAUGCCAUGAAAGAGGAGCCAUCAAGUUCAAUGUUGCUUAAAGUGCCCGAUAUCGAUGCAUACCGUGUGAUUUUAGCUGUACGUCGCUAUCCGCAAAUCUAUCAAAAGGCAAGCGAGAAGGAGAAAAACCAAGCGUGGGAGCAAGUGGCGCAGGAGUUGGGCACAACUUCGAGAUCUUGCCGUGCCGCCUUUCAAUAUGCUUUGAAAAUGUAUCAACUCUAUAGGAUACGUGAUCCGGCGAGUCGUUGUCGCCUCAAUCAACGUUAUUUUAAACAUUUUGCCGAAAUCUAUCGCGCUAUUAAGCCAACACGCAAAUUGAAUAUUAAAACGCCAACGGAACUCAAUCAAUCGGUUGGUGAGAAUGCCGAUGCAAAUGAGUCGGUAUUCCCCGAACGCUUUAUUAUGGAUAUAAAUAUGAGUAAUAGCAGUUCGAAUGUGGUUAUGAAGAAUUGGGCUUUUGGUGUGGCCUCAUCGGUGUCGUUAAGAAAAUUGGAAGAAAUUUUCAAUAAGUAUCGUAACUCAGACACAACAAGUGCGAGUUAAUCAUAAGAAGGUGGGUUGAGUGCAGUGAGAGCGGGCUGUAGAUGCAAAAGCUAAUUUAUCCAACUGCAUUGAUGUACGUUUGUAUGUAGUGCGUCGCAUCAGCUUAUUUCAUACAUUUAAUUUAUUAUGCAUUCUUUAACCGUUAAUUAGUUUUGUAAUAUGUUUUAAGGCAUGCUUUUUUAUAUAAUGUAUUUUUAAGAUAUUAUGUAUUCAGAAUAUAUGUAUGUAUACGAGUAUAUUAGGUUGCUUAAUGUACAAAUUAAUAUUACCGUGAUUACUAGUUACAACUAUGCUUAGUUACAUACAUUUGUUUGUAUGUACAUAUAUAUGUAUAUUAAAUAAGUCUUGGUAUUUUCUAAUAUGUUCAAUAUACUCGAUUGAUAUUAAAACA